AUGUCCUGCAGCAGGAUCUUGAUCAGGGUGCUGAUGCUUUUCAUCGAAUUUUCUCGAGAUCAAACGACAAUUCCAUCUUUCUCGAUCAGGCGCCCGGAGGGAUGCACACUAAUACCUUGGAGAGCCGGUAGAUGUUUGGCGUGGGAUGUUACGGUCCCUGGCACCCUUGCCGAACGAUAUGUAAACCUGACAAAAAAAGAAUGCGGUUUGGCCGCGGCCAGGGCAGCGGACGAGAAAAUGAAAAAAUAUGGGAACGCCCUCCCCUCGAUGGAAUUCUUGCCAGUAUGUAUCGAGGUUCUUGGCCCGAUGGACCCCAACACCCUUAAAUUUCUUAAGGCAAUAUGUAAAAUGAUCAGCGUCAGAUCAGGCGACAGCAUGGAACUGUUUUUCGCAACUAACCACAUUUCGUGCUUGUUGCAGCAGUUCCUGCGUGCGUCAAUACCCGUUCUUAAAGAGCCCUCGGGAAUUUCCGCGUUGGAUGGAAAACGUCCGGAUGGCUGCACGUUGAUUCCUUGGAGAGCCGGUAGAUGCCUGGCGUGGGACGUAACCGUUCCGGGCACAUUAGCGGAACGGUACGUGCACUUAACCAGCAAAGAAAGUGGUUUGGCCGCAACCAGGGCAUCGGAUGAAAAGUUUAAAAAAUAUGAAGGUGCCCUGCCCUCGAUGGAUUUUUUACCUGUUUGCAUCGAGGUUCUUGGCCCGAUGGACAACAACACUUCAAUAUUUUUUAAAAAGAUUUGCAAAAUGAUAAGUGGCAGGUCUGGCGACAGCAGAGAGCUAUUUUUCGCCAUGAAUCAUAUAUCUUGUUUGCUGCAAAGGUAUUUAAGAACGCUUAACAUCUUGAAUUACAAAAUUACCAACCCUUUAAAAAAUCCUAAUUAUAUUAAAGAUGUAAAUGCAUCUGUCCUUUUCCAACACUCGUAUAUCAAAUUAUUGUUAUAUAAAAUAUAA